AUGCAGUCUGCGCAGAAGCUCGAACUGGCACUGACCUUAGUGCUGAUUUGGGGCCUGACCCAAAGCCUGGUGGAGUCCAGAAGAUGGCAAAAGUCCGUGCAACUGAAGCUGCACAGGGAAACGAACCACAGCAAAGUGAUGGAGAGUUUUCCCAGCCAGAAGCUGAGACUCAAGGAAAAACUGAGCACGACCAACGAGCUGGUGAUAUCCUCGGCAUCUGCAUCGGACACAUCCGUGGCAAGGGAUAACCUGUUCAAUUCCCACAACACCGAGUACUACGUUACGGGCAGUUUCGGGUCGCCGGAGGCGCAGCAGGUGACCCUGCUGAUGGACACCGCCUCGGCGAAUCUGCUGGUCUACUCCUCGAAGUUUGUGACUGAGUCCUGUUCGGGGCACAGUGGCUACAGCUCCAGUGAGUCGCAAACUUAUCAGGCCAAUGGAACUGCCUUCGAGAUACAGUACGCAUCGCAGGACGUGCUAAAGGGAUUCCUCUCCACGGACACCUUCACCCUGGGAGAUCUGUCCCUCGAGAAUCAGACCUUUGCCGAAAUCAACUCGGCUCCUGCAGCCAUGUGCCAACAGUCGAAUUACGAUGGCAUCCUUGGGCUUGGACUCGUUCAGAUCGCGCUGGGUGGAGUGAAGACCCCCCUGGAAAACAUGUGGGAUCAGGGACUCAUCGACGAACCCGUCUUCUCCCUCUACGUCAACCGGAACGCCUCGGAUGCGAGUAAUGGAGGCUUCUUGCUGCUCGGGGGCUCGGAUCCCACUCUCUACCAGGGCUGCCUGACAUAUGUGCCCCUAUCCAAAGUGGCCUUUUGGCAGAUCACGGUGGGCCGAGUUGGGAUUGGGUCCAAGAAUCUCUGCUCCAACUGCCAGGCCAUCUUCGACGUGGGCACCUCCUUGAUAAUUGUGCCGUGUCCUGCUCUAAAAAUCAUAAACAAAAAACUGGGCCUUAAGGAAGCCGACAAGAAAAACGGAGUCUAUAUCAUCGACUGCAGCAAGGUGUCCAGUCUGCCGAACGUCGUCCUUAAUAUCGGAUGGAAGGACUUCACUCUCACCCCGUCCGACUACAUUCUCAACUACAGUGGAACCUGCGUAUCCGGGUUUUCCAGUCUCUCCGACUGCAAUGGCACCCAAGCCAUGAUGGAUGAUGGCGAAGAUUUGAACAGCAUGUGGGUGUUCGGCGAUGUGUUCUUUGGAGCCAUCUUCACUCUGUUCGAUUUCGGCCUCAAUUUAGUUGGCAUGGCUCCCAAGGUUUAG